AUGAUGGCCUUAACUUGUCGAUCAGAAGGGGGGCCAAAGGAGGAGGACUUAAAAGCAAUGUACGCGGCAUGCUUGAAGAAACAAGAUGGCGGAAACUCUAGUGACACCGGAUACCAAGACGAACAAGACUGGAGAGGAUCCCGUGGACGUUUCAAUCAGAGAAAUCAUUGGAACAGAGGCGGCACUGAAGAUAGAGGUGAUAGAGAAGACAGAGAAGACAGAACAAGAAACAGAGGGAAUAGAGCAAGAGGUAGAGACAAUAAUAUGGAUAGUAAUGAUCGUCGAACGGGUAACAGAGAUGAGAGAAGAAAUAGAGAUAGAAAAAGGAUAGGUGAACGAGAUGAUGGAAAUUCAGGGAGGGAUGAGAGAUCAAGUCAUGAAUACACUGACAACAAACGCCAUAAAAUUGGCCGUAAGGAUGAUUUUGGCGAUGACCUGUUCGAUGAAAUAUAUAACUUUCCGAAGAAUCAUGAUUUUGAAAGGGGCAUACCAAGAUUCAACGGAUUCCAUUCGACGACUCAGCCUUCAAGAAGAUUCAGAAGAAGUAGAAGGACUCAGAAUUCUGGCCAAAGAAGUCAAUAUAACCCUAAUACGAGAAAACAAUCAGAGAAUGAUGAUAGUUAUGAUGAAGAAGAUAAGAAUUCCAGCUCUAACACGGACAUGGAUAGCAAAGCUUGUGCAUUACACUGCUUCUUAGAAGAAUUAGAAAUGACAGACGAAGAAGGCAUGCCAGAUCGGUAUUUAGUGACUGAUGUCAUAACGAAAGACGUCAGAAAUGAAGAUCUAAGGGAUUUCCUACAAGAAUCGAUAGAAGAAUGCUUUCAAAUACUUGAUAAUGAGAAAACAGAAGAUAAAUGCGAAUUUUCUAAAAUGUUGAUGAUGUGUUUGUCUGAGAAAGGAAAAGCUAAUUGCGACGAUUGGAAUGAAAAUUUGAAAAUUUAA